UAUGGUUAGGAAUCGACCUUCACACUGCAAAUGAAUAACUUGUUGCAAAGACUUAUCACUAUUGUCUGUUUAGUCUUGUUUUUAUCGAAGCAAAAAACGACUUAUGAUACAAUCUAGUCAAUUUUAUGGAUGUACAGUCAUGAGCAGUUUAAUGUCUCAAAUUCGUUCCCUAUUUCGUCCUGUGUCAAAAGUUCGGGGAAGUAAUAAUAACUCCGAGGCAUUUUUAAGGAGAGUAAGGUUGUGUCUUCUUACUGCAGUUGCUGGUUAUGACAAUAAGCACACUAAAUAUUCAACGAGGAUUUCGCCGAAAUGGGUUUACGGGGAUGAUGCUUGCUUCUUAUCAGUAACAGAUUCUUCAUACGUCUUAGGUGUCGCUGAUGGUGUUGGUGGUUGGCGGUCGUACGGAGUUGAUCCUGGUCGUUUCUCUAGAGCAGUUAUGAAGAAUUGUGAGCGUGUUGUAAAUUCCGGUCGUUUUAUUCCCGACAAGCUAGAGGUUUUAAUUGCCCAAUGCUAUGAAGAUGUACUAAAUUCCAAAGAACUUAUUUUGGGUAGCGCAACCCUAUGCAUAGUUUCAUUGCAACGUAAUGAACAUAGAGUUUAUGGUGCCAGUUUAGGUGACAGCGGCUAUUUGGUUAUACGUGAAGGACAUGUGAUUCAACGUUCAGUCCACCAAAAGCAUUCAUUCAAUACACCAUUCCAAUUGUCUUGUCCACCUACGCUUCGCUCAAGACGUUUUCAUUGUGAUUUACCUAAUCAAGCUGCCCAAACAUCUGUAGAAGUCAAACCGGGUGACGUAAUUAUCGUAGGCACAGAUGGCUUGUUCGAUAAUUUGACAGAAUCAAUGAUAUUACAAGAGAUAAAAACCAUUGAGUUACUUGCAAACUGUACAAUUGAUAGUUUAAAACAAUGUGCUACACGUCUUGUAGAACAAGCUCGGAGUGCGGCGUUCGCUCCUGAUUUCGUUUCUCCAUUCGCUAGUGAAGCACGUCGUUACGGUAUAAACAUUGCAGGUGGAGUUCCUGGUGACAUAACCGUCAUUCUAGGAUUAGUUAUUGAGGAGAAACCAUCACCAAUUAGUAAUCAUGUAAAAGAAACACGAUCCUCAUUAAAUCAUCAUCAUCACCGUCGUCAUCAUCAUCAUCAUUUACUUUUUCAACCAAAUCGAAGUUUAUCAUGUUUUGAAUUAAACUAUAAUAAAUUUCAUUCAUUCAUUUCUUCCUCUUCAACAUUGCCAACUUCUUCAACUAGUACUAAUACUGCUACGUCUUUUUCUUCAAAAUUAUCUCGAACUUAUUCAUGUACUUAAUACCUUUUUCUAGUUAGAUUCGAAAAAAAGUCAUAACUAGAUUUAUCUUGUCCUACCGUCUACUAAGACGGUCAGAUACUGUUUAAAAGUUAUCAACUAGUUGACUAUUUAACCUUUUUUUUCUCUCACUCUCACACACACAUACACUGCACAUCUUUGACUACACAUAUUGUAAAUACUUUUAACCAAUGAAGUUAGCCAAACAAUUGUUAUCAUUAUUCUCUUACUUUCUUAUAAGUGUUUUAUCUUUUCACAGUAAGUCAAAUAAUCCAUUUGUUUAUAAUGAGGGAGAAUAUCAAUUUAUGUGUAGAGAUGAUCUUGUGUUGUAUAAUUGUAGAAAUCAUAUUUAUCAUAUGUCUGUUUUAUUUCCAAAAAAAAAAUUAAUUCCCUUUUCUUUUGUUUGUUAUCAGUUUUAUUUAGAAUUUUUAUUUCCAUUGUAUAUAUGUGAUACAUUUGUGUGUAUAGAGGACAUUAGAUGGCUUUGAUUGUUUUUUUUUUAUUAUUUGUUUUAUCUUGAUUGUUGUAAAUGAUCAAUUUAAUUGGUUGGGUAGAAUUAAUUAAUGGUUGUGCAUAUGCAUAUGUGCUCUUUCCAAAUAACUGGGAAGUUAUUUUAUUGUCAUUUUUAUGUUAUUUGUAUAUUACACAAAAUGUGAUCAAUCUGAGUACUGGAUUCAAGAUAUAGUUAAUAUUAUAUCUUGUUAACUGUUUUCGUUGUCACUUUCCUCUUUUAUUGUAUUGAUGUGAAGUGUGACAAUUCCAAUUCGUUAUGAAUUCAUUCCAGUUUCUACGUUAAUGAUAAUCAAUUAAGUUCACGUCUUAAUGUAAAUAUCAUCAUUGAGUUGUCGUAAAUUGAACGAAAAGUGUAUCCUGAUUUUCGUUGCUAGAAACUACCGAAAAUACAAUUUUGUGAAGUUCGGUUGGAAGCAAAGACUUGAACUAAACAGAUGUCUAGUAUUUUUUCGUAUUCAAUCAUUCUCUAACCAAAGCUACACCAUGAUAAUAAUCAUCUUGGAACUAUAUAAAUAUCUACAAAAAUCGGAAUUAAGUAGUGUAAUUUAUAUCAGUUAUGUUUGGUGACUUUCGAGGAAGUUGGUAGUUGAUCUAUUUUUUUACAGAGAGAAUUGAAUUUUGUGGUGAAU